AUGGAUUAUAUUCAUCUUCAAACAGAACCAAUUCGAUUAGAUGAGUUGUAUAAACAAGUUCUUGCUUCAUCUUGUGGUGCCGUCGCAUCUUUCAUUGGUGUGACAAGAGAUAAUUUCGAAGGUCGGCAAGUAACUCGUCUUUUCUACGAAGCGUAUGAACCUAUGGUUUUGCAAGAACUUCAUCGGUUGUGUGCUGAUGCUCGACGACAAUUUCAAGAUAUUAAACAUAUAGCCAUCUGCCAUCGUUUAGGGUUAGCACACGAUUAA